GAGAGCAGCAGCGUGUGCGUAUGAGAGCGCAAAGCACCGGGGAUCCUGAGCCUGGAGGGGAGCCGUGCGAUGAGAGGGGGGCUCUUCAGCCUGUGGAUGUAUGUGCCAGGACAGCGUUUUUUUUCAAUGUUUUUUCGUGUUGCCAGAGGGGAGUGCUGGUGAAUGCGUAUGCGGACGGAGAGCGUGAGUGCGGGACAUGUGUGUGUAACGGUGUCGUCGAUUAGUGAUGGACUAUUCACAUUAUGCAGUCGGAGAUGCUCAUGACACUAACACUGAUCUAGACCGGCUUGGGAGGCAGAGGGGACCCGUGAUGGACGGAGAGACAGAUGUUGGGUCUUGAUGCGUUGGGUUUCUCUAAACCGACCAACCGAGGGGUUCUCGUCCAUUUUGGGGUAAUCUGUGGCUUUACGCAGACCUCCUUGCUCUCCUGUGAAUUGGAAUCAAAGACAAAUACCCAAACAGGAUUCUACCCUGGAGCCGAGCGGGAAAUAAGAGGCUGGCAGAAGAGAAGGAGCAAACACAGGCAUGGCUCGCCUCAACUGGUGCUUGGCGGCCGUUAUCAGCUGGAGCAAGUUCCUCUUCGCCUGCUUCUUUCCACUGCGGGGGGCCAAGCGAGACAAGUCUGACGAGUUGGAGGGAGUCCACACGCAUGCCUUCAAGCUGAAGCCAUUCAAGAAGGCCAAGAGCUGUGAUAUAUGCAAGCAGGCCAUCACAAAGGAGGGUCUUAUCUGCAAAGCUUGCCGGUUGUCCUGCCAUAGAAAAUGUGAAGUGAAGGUCACCACGGCGUGUCAAACAAGCACCAACUCUGAGCUGCCUCCCACUCCUCAGCUGCCGUUAAAGCAUGUUGAUACUCCGGGCUCAACAAGGUCCUGCAAGAGUGCCGAAAUAAAGCGAAAGCAGUCACGGAGUCAGAGUAUGGUUCAGGCCAUGGAGGAGAGCUACGAGGUGGACCUGAUUUACAUCACGGAAAGGAUCAUCUCCCUCUCUUUCCCGGGUGCCGCCGAGGAGCAGAGCUACACCGCCCAACUCAAGGAGGUGGCGGCCAUGCUGCGGUCCAAACACAGCGACCACUACCUGGUGCUCAACCUGAGCGAGUUGAGGAAUGACCUGGCAACGCUAAACCCCAAGGUGCUGGAGUUUGGCUGGCCGGACCACCACGCGCCGCCGCUGGACAAGAUCUGCAGCAUGUGCAAGGCCAUCGACAUGUGGCUGAACGGCGACCUGCACAACGUGGUGGUCCUUCACAACAAAGGGAACCGAGGUCGUACGGGGGUGGUGGUGGCCGCCUACAUGCACUACAGCAACAUAUCGGCAAGCGCCGACCAGGCGUUGGACAGGUUCGCCAUGAGGCGCUUCUAUGAGGAUAAAGCACUUCCUGUCGGUCAGCCAUCGCAGAGAAGGUACGUGCAAUACUUCAAUGGACUUUUAUCCGGCCAGAUCAAAAUCAACAACAAGCCUCUGUUCUUGCAUCACGUCAUCAUGCACGGCAUCCCCAACUUCGAGUCCAAAGGAGGCGAGUGUCCCCCCGGUUGCCGACCGUUUCUGAAAAUCUACCAAGCGAUGCAGCCAGUGUAUACAUCGGGGAUAUACAACGUGCAGGGAGAUGGCGGCACGAGCAUCUGCAUUACCAUAGAACCCGGCUUACUGCUGAAGGGCGACAUCCUGCUCAAGUGUUACCACAAGCGCUACAGAAACCCCAACAGGGAUGUUGUGUUCAGGGUGCAGUUCCACACGUGCGCCAUCCACGACCUCGGAGUGGUGUUUGGAAAGAGCGAGCUGGACGAGACAUUUAAAGAUGACAGAUUUCCUGAAUACGGGAAGGUGGAGUUUGUCUUUUCAUACGGUCCAGAAAAAAUCAAAGGCUUAAGUCACCUGGAGAAUGGACCUAGCGUGUGCGUGGACUACAACACCCAGGAUUCUCUGAUCCGUUGGGACUCGUAUGAGAACUUCACCCACCGCAGUGAGGGCACCACCAUCGCGGACGAACAGCACGAUGUUGUUCACACUCAAGGUCCACUUGAUGGUAGCCUGUAUGCACGGGUCCGCAAGAAAGACUCCCUGGAGGGAGUGGUCACCAUCAACGGCCUGCCAGUUCAUGAAAACCUCCUGACUGCUGUAGAGAACCCUUUGCGACACCCAAACCACCAACUUCAAACCACAGAGCAUACCCUUCCUGUAACAGGCCAUGCCUCUCUUCCUGCGGUUGACCACACCCUCUCUGUGAGCAGCGACUCGGGCAACUCCACCGCUUCCGUCAAGACUGAUCGAACUGAGGAACAUUGUCAGUCUCUGCAGGGCGGCUCGAGCCAUGGUAACCAAGUAGCAAGUCACCCACUGCUCAGCCCUCAUGAGAAGAAAGAACUUGAUCAGCUUUUGAGUGGACUUGAGGCUCCUGUUCAUCAACGACAAGCGUAUUUGUCUACUUCAGCCAGUCCAGGAGGAGGUGUCCGACACCUCGUCCCUGCACAAGUGCAUGUCAACGGGGGCCACACCAGGCUGACUUGUGUACCUUCAACAGAAGAGCGCGAGACAGAUAUUCUUGACGACGAGCUGCCCAAUAGCCAAGAGGGUAAUAGCGUGGACAGCUUGGGCACACUCUCAUCCCUAGAAGGUCAGGCCACAGCAGCUGACCUCUACUACCAGUCAGAAACCCCCAUCAGUGCUCAAAACGACGGGCCCUUCCUUGAAAGAGGGGUUUUAGGAAAAAAGUUGAAUGAGAUGCCUGUGCACGGGAUACAAACACCCACUGCAAUGCAGGAGUGCAGCGCCUUGGUGUCCCCACAAGGUGGGUACAACAACUACCAGAAUGGAAGUGGAAUGUAUCGCUCACAGUCCUUUGGUAAUCCGCCUGCUGGCAGCCCUGAGGCCAACCCUAAACUGAUGCCCAGGGCACCAGAGAGGAGCACCAGUAGCCGGGAGGCUGUUCAAAGAGGUCUCAAUACAUGGCAUCAGUAUAGCCUCCCAGAUGAUCCUUUUGGCCCACCACUUCAGUCCACCCAUAGCUUGCCACAUUUUCCUUCGUCCGCUUCUCAAAGGGACAUCGAGCAGUCCAUUGAGGCCCUCAACAUGCUAAUGCUAGACCUGGAUCCGAUCAACUCCCACAUGUCCAAGUCAUACAGUGCGCCUCCUGGGGAAAACACCCUCCAUUCAUCGCAGGUGCCCUUCUCCCAGACUCUUACAAGGCCCUCAUACCAAGCAGACUUUGCCAUCCACGGCUACAGCACCUCUGGGUCAUUCAACAACACCUUCCAUCAGCCUCCACGCUCCACCGGGAGAACUUUCCCCAACCAGAGCCCUGUUUUGGAGUCUCCAAUGUACUCUCCUCAAAGGCCCAGCCCCACUUACCAGCACCAAAACACAACCCCAACACACACACCUGAACCCUACAUGCACACACGCCAAGCGCAGCACCACUUUCCCUCCGUUCCCUCCCCGAACGUCCAACAGCCGCUAAAGCCUGUGAACUCUUACACGGUCGGUGUCGUGUCGCACUCCCCAGACCCACAGGGAUCAUCACCCUAUCCAGGCUGCAGCGAGUCCUCCUCCCCACUUCCCGCUCUCACCCCGCAGCCUAAAGACACCUCCUCUUCGUCUUUGGCCCGAGACCAAGAUGCAGAGGAGGACAAUCUGAACCUGGAAGGCCUGGUGGCUCAUCGCAUCGCCGAGUACAACGCUCGUAUCCUGGGCAUCAGUGACAGCAUGACACCGCAACAAUCUGACCGCCAUCGCUCCUAUUCCUUCUCUGGGCUACGCUCCAGGGGAAUAACCCCCGAGGUCAACCAGGAGACAGGUCGGCGUCGAACCACCAGUGAGGGUCAGUACCACAGUGGCCAUGACAACAGGUCAGCAAGCCUUUCGCCAGACUUCAGCGACAGUCUGUCCCACAACCCUGGAGGAAGACUGAGAGAGGACCCAAUGCAAAGCUACAGGGAAGUUUUUGAGGACAAUGAUGCCAAUAGGUUUGCCAGCAACAGUCCCCCUUGGCGAGGCUGUGCUCGCUCCCUACCUGGUCGGACGUCGGCAUCAGGUGUGAGUCCUCAUCAAAAGGUUGCAUCUGACUCAGAUUCUAGUGAUGGAGAGCAAGAUAAUCGCGGUUUUGUGGAAUUCAGAGCACAGCAGUUCAGCGCUCCUCUCACCUCCAGCAGCCCCGACGGACGGAGGUAUGCUUCUUCGGACCACGCCCCUCACAGCUCGGCACCGUUCUACCCUCAAAGACCCGCCUCCCCUGAUGGCUCCCAGGUCAACAUCAUGGGUGUCCACACCGUCCCUGGUAGCCCCAAUACCCUUCACCGCACAGUAGCCACCAACACGCCCCCAAGCCCUGCCCUACAAAGACGCCUCGGCCAAGCCAGCCCGUCGUCGCUCAGACACACCCCUCCAGCCGGCAGCAGCAGGGACAACAUCCCCUCCAGCCCCUUGAUUGGCAGAAACCCCAAAACAGCAGGCGCUAGCGUGCCACCUUCCAGCCCACUGAUGGGUCGGCGGGCCAUGGCGAGCGGCCACAGUACCCCUGAUGAGUUGGGGGCCACGUCUCGUCAGGCACAGCCGCCUUCCACACCCGCCUUCCCCGUCUCCCCCCAGCUGCCAGACAAGAAGAAUGCUAUCAUCACGGGUGUAGAGAGGACGGAAAACAAGAACCUGAUGCUGGACGGUAGUGGAUCAAACCUGACCGAGACGCUCACAGACACCUCUAAGUCCAUUUAUGACGAUUAUCCAGACAUCAAGAUGAACGUCAAGUUUGUCCAGGACACGUCCAAGUUCUGGUACAAGCCCGAGAUUUCCCGGGAGCAAGCCAUCAACGUGCUUAAGGACAGAGAACCCGGCGCAUUCGUCAUCAGGGACAGCCACUCCUUCCGUGGGGCGUACGGUCUCGCCUUGAAGGUGGCCUGCCCGCCACCAACAGUGCCGCAAAGCAAAAAAGUUGGAGAGCUGACCAACGAGCUCGUGAGACACUUUCUGAUCGAGACGAGCCCCAAAGGUGUUCGUCUGAAGGGAUGCCCCAAUGAGCCCUACUUCGGUUGUCUCUCGGCGUUGGUGUACCAACACUCCAUGACGCCGCUGGCACUGCCCUGCAAGCUGAUGAUCCCCACCAAAGACCCAAAUGAGGAGGCGCUGGAGCUGGCUACACCCACCGACCCAGUUGUGGAGCUUCUGAAGCAAGGAACAGCUCCCAAGGUUCCGGAGGAGUCUUACGCAUGCAACGUGCUCUAUAUUAACUCUGUGGACAUGGAGUCCCUAACAGGCCCUCAGGCCAUCGGCAAGGCCAUCAGUCAGACACUGGCGACCAAUCCUCUGCCCGCCGCCACCGUCGUCCACUGCAAAGUUUCCCCGCAGGGGAUCACGCUGACAGACAGUCACAGGAAGAUCUUCUUCCGGCGACAUUAUCCACUAAGCACCAUAACCUACAGUGACACUGAUCCCCAAGACAGAAGGUGGGGCAAAGAGGGCGGUGGUUCAGUCAGGCUUUUUGGCUUUGUGGCGAGGAAACAAGGAAGCACAACCGACAAUGUCAGUCACCUGUUUGCAGAGCUGGACGUGGACCAGCCCGCCUCGGCCAUCGUCGGCUUCAUCUCCAAAAUGAUGCGGCGGUGAACUGCCGUUGGAUGGCGGUUAUUUGAAAUCAUUGUGGUGUAUAUCCACUCUGGGAUAUACGACGAUGUCCUUUUUAUUUGAUUUUAUUAUUUAGUUUGAUCGACGUGUCCCACACGUCUUUCGGAGGGAGUAGUCGAGAACUCGCGGAAGGGGGCUGCGAACGUGGUUUAGACGGCGGCGGCGGCUGGAUCGAGUGGCGAAAAUUGAGAGCGGUAAGUUCAUGCGAGGGCUGUGCGCGACGUUUCAGGGUUGUUCUUUUUCUUGAUCGUUUUUACCAAAGGUAGCCAGAAAAUUACAAGCGCGAGAACGGCGUAGCGACGAAGCCGUUCUUAUAAUUUUUCUCCUUUAAAAAGAUGGACUCACAAAGAAGCGACGUUUCUUGUCUUCAGGAAAAGAAAAAAAAAAUUGUUAGCCUGGACGGCUUUCCACGGAACUUUGACUGAAGACGUUAUGCAUGUUAGCUUGAUCUUUAAGCUUGGUUCUCCUACCUUCCACCCCAACUUGUCAAGGCCCCUUGGAGCGGACUCUUCUGGUUCUGCCGUGUGUCAGAAAGGGCUCUGCAGUGACUGAUCUAAACUGCACAUCUCAGACCAGAUCCCAUCCCAAAAAAACAAACAAAAAAAAGCUCCGCCAAGGUCGUCCCCUAACGAAAGACUACACUUUCACUGCAAGCAGGGUGACUUUUGACAGACUGACCACCGGGUGGCGCCACCCUAGUCAAGCUUGCACUGAAUGACACUGGAAAGCACCUCCAGGGAACUCCAACCUGGAACCUAUGCACUGUUCUUUCUGCAUGCUGUUCCUCCCUCAUAGCUGCAUUCACUGAAAACAUUCUAUGCUGUGUGCCACUUAGACACUGAGGCUGUUUGACUCGUCAAGAGACUGCAUGAAGUAGACUUUUUUUAAAUUUUAUUUUUUAAAAACGCCCCUCCGAGUCCUCAAGACGUAGACGACCCCAUUUUUGAAGUAGUCCAACGAUAGUAAAACGUUCAACUUUUUAUUUCGUGUUUUUUUUUUUUUUUGGUCUGACCGAGCCCCGUCUCGUUGUUUGUGUUGUCAGAAAAACGCAUUCGGAUACUUUUAGCAGGAAAAAAAAAAAAAAAAAAGUGCAAAAAUUGCACACACUCAAGCAUCUACAAUAAGAGGAUGGCUAUAAAUGUACAUAGAUGAACUACUUUGAAAGGUGACUUAGCGAAAAGUAUUUAUUUUUGUUGCUUUGGUCCCUCAUGAGUACUCAUGUUAUGCAUAUAUUGUACAGUCUAGAUAAAGAAAUGGGUUCAGGAAAAAAAAGAAGAAAAAAAUCUAUACUUAUUUUGGCUAAUGUUUUCAAAGUCUGAGGAUUUUGGAAAAUGCGUUUGAAUACAUGGUGUACAUGACUUUGUACAUGCGUUUGUUUCGGCUCCAUCUUGUUUGUCAUCUUGGCGAGAGAUUUGCAUGGACAGGGAGAGUGCGUGAGCUAGCGUUUGUAGGCGGGUUGGAAUCUUUUUAGAAAUAAUUGUAGCAGAUAGAUCUUUGCAGAUUUUCCAAAAAAAAAAAAAAAAAUGGUAAAAGAGGCCAAGUUCAAAUGCAAUAUAUAUAUAUAUAUAUAUACAUAUAUAUAUAUGUAUAUGAAAAAACAAACAGUGUGCGCCCAUGACAGUUAUAGUUUUUGCCAAAGAAGUCACACAAGCUGCUUUUUUUUUUUUAUGUCUGGUUGCCGUAUUUCAUGCAAAAUAACCCACACAAGUGAGCCCCCAGCAGCCAUGCAGCACAGUUUGUUACAUUUGUGCACUGAGACAUUAUUGAUGUAUUUUGAUUUCAAAUUCAUGUCUAAAAAGGGGGAGGGGGAAGAAGAGAGGCCUGCUGUGCACGUGUAGCACUUAACUUAAAAGCAGCGGGAAUUCCACAUGCAAAAAAAAAAAAAAAAAAAGCUCUACCAAGAC